AUGUACGCAGCUGACGAAGGUUCUCCUGCUACCUCCCCGCCGCCCUCGGCGCCCACUUCGCCCCCUGUCGAAGAGCCCUCAUCUGACUCCUACCAAGCUGGCGGUGCCCCUUCGGCUCCUUCCAGUGAUCUUAGGAACAUUGUUCGCCGCAAGCUUACUGGCUAUGUCGGCUUUGCCAACCUGCCUAACCAAUGGCACCGCAAGAGUGUCCGCAAGGGCUUCAACUUCAACGUGAUGGUUGUUGGUGAAUCUGGACUCGGAAAGUCGACCCUAGUCAACACUCUCUUCAACACUUCUCUCUACCCUCCCAAGGAGCGCAAGGGCCCUAGCUUGGACAUCAUCCCGAAGACGGUUACCAUUCAGUCCAUCAGCGCCGACAUCGAGGAGGCUGGCGUCCGCCUUCGCUUGACCGUGGUCGACACCCCUGGAUUCGGCGACUUCGUCAACAACGAUGAGUCCUGGCGCCCGAUUGUCGACAACAUUGAGCAGCGUUACGACGCCUACCUCGACGCCGAGAACAAGGUCAACCGCAUGAACAUCGUCGACAACCGUAUCCACGCCUGCGUGUUCUUUAUCCAGCCCACUGGUCACUCCCUCAAGCCCCUUGACAUCGAGGUCAUGCGCCGCCUUCACACCAAGGUCAAUUUGAUUCCCGUCAUCGCCAAGGCCGAUACCCUGACCGACGAGGAGAUUGCCAACUUCAAGUCCAGAAUCCUCUCCGACAUCAAGCACCACGGUAUCCAAAUCUUCGAGGGCCCGCGCUACGAGCUUGACGAUGAGGAGACCAUCGCCGAGAACAACGAGAUCAUGUCAAAGGUUCCCUUCGCCGUCGUUGGUGCGACUAACGAGAUCACCAACGCCGACGGCCGCAAGGUCCGCGGACGUAGCUACCCCUGGGGUGUCAUCGAGGUCGACAACGAGGAGCACUGCGACUUUGUCAAGCUCCGCCAGAUGCUCAUUCGGACGCACAUGGAGGAGCUCAAGGAGCACACCAACAACAGCCUGUACGAGAACUACCGUACCGACAAGCUCAUUGGCAUGGGCGUGUCGCAAGACCCCAGCGUUUUCAAGGAGGUCAACCCCGCUGUCAAGCAGGAGGAGGAGCGCGCCCUGCACGAGCAGAAGCUUGCCAAGAUGGAGGCCGAGAUGAAGAUGGUCUUCCAGCAAAAGGUUGCCGAGAAGGAGAGCAAGCUGAAGCAGAGCGAAGAGGAGCUCUACUCCCGCCACAGAGAGAUGAAGGAGCAAUUGGAGCGCCAACGCAUGGAGCUCGAGGAGAAGAAGCAACGAGUCGAGAGCGGCCGGCCCAUCGAGAAGGAAGGCAAGCGGAAGGGCUUCUCACUCCGUUAA